ACUCUCAGAGAGGCCUGUGCUUGUAACAGGACCUGAGAAGAUGAGCUGUUCGAUUCGGAGUGGGGAGCUAUUUGCUUUGCAAGGAAUUGUCUUUGCCAAUAAGAACAGUGGGUCCGGAGCAGACAGAAGAUGAAUGGAGGUCCCUGCACCAGGAAUGCUUCCUUCUGACUUUGACAUAGAAAGCUAAAGCCUGGGUGGCUCGCUCAGGGGUUGGAUGAAGUUACUGAGUGGCUCAGUAAGCAUAGCAUAGAGGGGAGGAGCAGACUGCUGUGAAGGGAGAGUCCCACGAACCCGAAGAACAACUCACUACACUACAAGAUCUGCGGUUUCCGUCCCAUCGGCCAACCUGCGUGGGUGCCAAGUUCCACACAUGAUUUAAUACAUGAAAAGGAGAUAUCAGUGAAUAAAAGGAUCCAGAAUGAUUACUAACCUAUGACUCCCAACAGUAUGACAGAAAAUGGCCUUCCAGCCUGGGACAAACAGAAGCACUGUCCAGACCAAGAGCAGGACUGGAAGCUAGUAGGAAUGUCUGAAGCCUGCCUACACAGGAAGAGCCAUUCUGACAGGCGCAGUACACUGAAAAAUGAGCAGUCGUCACCACACCUCAUCCCGGCCACUUGGACAAACUCCAUAUUCCAUCUGGACCACGAUGAUGUAAAUGAUCAGAGUGUCUCAAGUGCCCAGACCUUCCAAACCGAAGAGAAGAAAUGUAAAGGGUACAUCCCCAGCUAUUUGGACAAGGAUGAGCUCUGUGUAGUGUGUGGUGACAAAGCCACAGGGUACCACUACCGCUGUAUCACGUGUGAAGGCUGCAAGGGUUUCUUUAGAAGAACCAUUCAGAAAAAUCUCCAUCCAUCCUAUUCCUGUAAAUAUGAAGGCAAAUGUGUCAUAGACAAAGUCACACGAAAUCAGUGCCAGGAAUGCCGCUUCAAGAAAUGUAUCUAUGUUGGCAUGGCAACAGAUUUGGUGCUGGAUGACAGCAAGAGGCUGGCCAAGAGGAAGCUGAUUGAGGAGAACCGGGAAAAGAGGCGGCGGGAAGAGCUGCAGAAAUCCAUAGGGCACAAGCCAGAGCCCACGGAUGAGGAAUGGGAGCUCAUCAAAACUGUCACUGAAGCACACGUGGCCACCAACGCCCAGGGCAGCCACUGGAAGCAAAAACGGAAAUUCCUGCCGGAAGAUAUUGGACAAGCACCGAUAGUCAACGCUCCGGAAGGCGGCAAGGUUGACUUGGAAGCCUUCAGCCAUUUUACAAAAAUCAUCACACCAGCAAUCACCAGAGUGGUGGAUUUUGCCAAAAAGUUGCCUAUGUUUUGUGAGCUGCCAUGUGAAGACCAGAUAAUCCUCCUCAAAGGCUGCUGCAUGGAGAUCAUGUCCCUUCGAGCUGCUGUGCGCUAUGACCCAGAAAGUGAGACUUUAACCUUGAAUGGGGAAAUGGCAGUGACACGGGGCCAGCUGAAAAAUGGGGGUCUUGGGGUUGUGUCAGAUGCCAUCUUUGACCUGGGCAUGUCUCUGUCGUCUUUCAACCUGGAUGACACAGAAGUCGCCCUGCUUCAGGCUGUCCUGCUAAUGUCUUCAGAUCGCCCAGGGCUUGCCUGUGUUGAGAGAAUAGAGAAAUACCAAGAUAGUUUCCUGCUGGCUUUUGAACACUAUAUCAAUUACCGAAAACAUCACGUGACACACUUUUGGCCAAAACUCCUGAUGAAGGUGACAGAUCUGAGGAUGAUCGGCGCCUGCCAUGCCAGCCGCUUCCUGCACAUGAAGGUGGAAUGCCCUACAGAACUCUUUCCCCCUUUGUUCUUGGAAGUGUUUGAGGAUUAGACUGACUGGAUGCAUUCUCAUAAUUCCUACAGCACUACUGGGUGUCAUUUCAUUCCAUUGCCUAGCUCUUUUGUGUUUGUUUCUUUGUCUCUUUGUGUUGGGAGCGCUCGUUUGGGGGUAAAGGGAGGUGUCCUUGGCAAAGACAUGGAUGAAAUUGCCCCUUGAAUGCGGGUACUUGUAACUAUUGCAUUUUGUUCCCCAGUCCUUUGAUGUGAAUGCUUUGAAGGUUUUACAGUUGUGGAGGUGGGGCAAGAGAUAAUCAUUACUUCACCAGCAUCAAGCCAUCACCAGCUCCCACCUAUCCCUGAUCAAGACUCGAGCAAGUGAAAUGGCACACAGAAGACUAAGGAAGCCUUAAAGCCAAGAUCAUACCGUCAUCUUGAUCCAAUCUGAUUUUUCCAGGGUGCCAGUUAGCAGAGCACACACCAACCUUUGCCUAGAUGUGAUUUUCAGUGUUUUAGGGAAAGAUUUGAACAAAUUUUCAUCUACCCAUCUGUUUUUGGCCCUUGUUCUCUCCUAGCAGGUCCACUUGGAAUGCGCAGGAACACAUGUCCUAAAAAAUCAGCUAGCCAUUCAAUAUCAUUUUAUAACCUUUUGAUUUAAUUCCAGCGAUACAAGGGUUUAACGCAAAGAUGUACAGGUAUCUGACUGAUUGAGGCCACCAGAAAAAUAAUCUUCUUGAGUCACCCCAAAGAAAUGAGAAGGCUUCACCAAUGUUAGUGACUCUGCAGUUUCCAAAAAUUCACGUAGUAUUACCAUGAGGUAAGAAGGCUUCUUUACAGUUUUGGCUCACAGAAACCUUCCCACAGAAAUCAAACCUAUUUACACAGUGUCUUCACCUUUCAAUGGCAUCUGACCUAUCAUCUCCAAGCUCCUGAAGUUAUCCCUCCUGGCUGUAUCCUUGCUGAGCUAACAACAGAUUUCCCUGUGGAUCGUAUCUUCUAAUCAAGGAGAGAGGAACAAGCUGAAAUUUGGGUUUUAUUUGGAGGAAUUCUGAGGCAAGAGUUGUGUGCUUUCAUUCUGAGUUGACAGCCCGCAUUUGUGUACUGGUUGCUUGAGGACCCUUCCUUCUGGUCGUAGAUCCUCCAGCGCUUUGCUUUGUUCACACACAUUUUCUAGUUCCCCUUUCCCUCUGACUCUGAGGCACCACAGAGCUUGACUCUCUCUAAACACCACCAGUCCCGCUGCUGAUCCACCUGUCCCUUCAGCUUUCCCCUGACAGACCCUUAGCAGAAAACUCCUGCAGACCACUCGAGGGAAUGUUCCCUUGCCUUCCCUGCCCAAUCUGCCACCCUACCCCCUACCAACCAGCAUGGAGGAACUGUCCCAAAAAACCAGUGGUGACACCUCAUCACUUCAGCUUCAGAACAUGGGCAAAGAAUGUGCCCAUGCAAUUGAAUGUACCUCAUUCCUCGCUGGCAUAGUAGAUAUAAACUAUUCCUUUGCCUGCCUUUUACUGCCUUAUCCUAGAAAUAUUGGGGAAAAUAAGCCAUAUCACUGAGAUUUACCUAAAAACAAAAGAAUGAAAGUCACUGUGAAAACCAAGUUGACUAAUUUCAUUUUAGGUUUGUGGAGCAUAACUGGACUAGAAGUCAGGCCACCUGAGGUCCAGUGUGUCCUCCAUUGGCUGGUAGAUUCCAGAUCUCGGGGCUUGGUUUUCUUAUCUAAUGAGCAAAUCAAUAUCUCCAAAAUCCUCACCCUCAACACUGUAUAAAUUGGGGGGAAGACUGGGUUCUUUUGGAUGGUUCCUUUCAUAUUCAGAUUUCUAGCUUGAUUACAAAAAGUAUAGCCCAUUAGCAGUGAAGGACUGUAUAUUUGAUACUGAUUCAAAAUAAGAAUUUGAUACAAUUCCAGUCAACUAUUUAGAGGAAGCAGUGUGCCCUUGGGAGAAGGAAGGGAACAGCACUGAAAAUACCAGAAAUUAUUGGAAAUAAUUGGGGUGGGAGGUGAUGUUCUAAAGCAAUUAUACUGGCUUCUGGGAAAAGGAAACAAGAAUUUCACUAUGGAACAUGUUAAUGAGAGAUAGGAAGUAGAUGAAAAGAAUAAAAAUAUAAUCAUGAAAUUCCUAAGCAUAUUACCUACUUGGCAGUGUCUACAGACAGCUGUUUUGGGUUUUGUUCUCUCCACACAGUCCCCAGCCAGUCUCCUUACUUCUUUGCUCUGUGAGCACUGCGGCCCCUCUGUUGCCUCACCUCGGGGAGCACUCUCUGAAAGAUGAACACUCAGCCAUCUCUAGCUCAAGGGGAUUUGAGGCGUUUCUCCACAUGGGGCAAGUUUUCCUUCCUAAAGGAAUGAGAGGAAGACAAGCAGGCGGGGUCCAGGUCAGAAAGCUUUGGGGGCGCUGACUACAACUGGGCAUUGGCCAAAUGGUAACUUACACCAAUAGCCAUCUAGGCAUCCAGGCAAAGGAGUGUCUGAUCCUUGGCUCCUUAAAUGAUUGCCUUGCAGAGCCAAAGCACUGCUCUCGAAGUGUGUUGAAGGGUGAACACCUUAUGCUGAUAGAACCAGCCUCAGAGUGCCUCGGGUUCAAAGGCAAAGCUUUAAGGACUCGAAGGAUCACGCCCCUAGUGAUGACAGCAACUAACCUCAUUCCAUGUGAAACUGACAGGGGUACUGAGUGUAUCUCAAGAUUCCAUCUGUAAAACUUGAUGGUGAGGGAUUUGCUCCUGAUUUUCUUUUUAAUCUUUUUUCUUACACUGUCCAGACAUCCAAAUCGAGCAUGGACCUGAUGGAAACAAUCUUCACACCUCCCCGCCCAUCGGGAGACAUUCCAGUAGAGAACAUACCUACAGGGGUUCUUAAUUAUAAAUCUCUCCCUCUUAGGGAUUGGAAGGGGUGGGUGCAUACACCAUGUGCUCUUACGUACCAGUGUGUGUGCGUGUGUAUAAACCUUCAAGUGUACUUUGCUCUCCAACUUAGACAUGCAGUUCUUCCAAAAACAGUGAAAACAGUAAGCGAUUUCCUUCAUGAUUCUGCUCAAAACACCACAUGCCACCUCAGAGCUUCUAGUCCAGUGAGCUUCAGUCCUCGAUGACGUGCUUGACGUGGUAAUGCUCAGCCCAGCGAUGCCCCUCACUUGUUCCCCAAGGGACACCACCUCAGCCUGCGCUGCAGCCGUCAGGAGGACUGCCAGGCCCGGCUCUGCUCCAGCAACGCCAUUCUCCAUCCUCACUGCUCCUUGCAAACAGGUGUACAAGCCUUGGUCCCCCAACACUAAGUCCUGCACCCUGACUCAGCCUCCAUGGAAUUGCUGAGCACCCUCAAAGCAUGUCAUGUCAGUGAUACAUUUUUAUCCUAUGGAACUCUAACCUAUCCGUGUCAUAUUGACCUUUUGCUGCAUGAGUCCUAAAUUAUGAAGUCGGUCUUACGGUUUUUGAAAUGUAGCCAGCGUUUGUAAGGCUAAACCUUUUUCAUGAACUUAAGUGACUAACCAAGUCACAGUCCUCCUCAAAAGGAGAGUAAGGACAAACAUUUGAAUCUCUUUGCCCUCUCCAAUGGCCAUGGCAUCAGGUUCUAAAAUAAGCUUGUAAUUUUUCCUGUUAUUUUAAUAAUAUGGAAAUAUUAGCAUAGUGUUUCUUUCGAUAGUGAUAGAUGGUAAUCCAUAUUUAAAUUUUAUAGAGAAAUUUUAUUGUACUGUGAUGUAGAUAUUUAUUAUCCAAGUAAGGAUUUGCCCAGUGUGUAUUUUUUACAAUUGAAACAUUGUACUUUACUCUUUAAAAAAAUACAUUAAAACACACACAAAAAAAAAAACAGACUAGGGGGAAAAAAGGUUUGGCCUUAUCACAGAAUUUUUACUGUGCUGUAUAAAUGUUUGCAAAUGCAAAACGUGUGCAUUUCUAGUGUGUUUCCACAUUUACUAAUGCCGCCUUCAAGAGCAAUAUCGUGCAGGUAAAAUGCUGUUUGUGGCUUUCUGUUGCACAGUUAAAGCUGACCCACCUUAUGCACAAGACAAUCAAAUAUCAAUCUGUCCUCAUCAGGAUGCAGAUUGUCCUCGUGUAAAUUAUGGAGCACAAUGUGAGAAGAAGACAUUUCACACAUGCAUUGACACAGAAAUGAUCAGGGCAUGAAGAAGUUGAUGUGACUUUAUACCAUUUCUUUCUUUUGAUUCUUCCUUACGGACUUGGCAUCUUUAAUUUAAUCAGAGCCAAAUUAGUUCUCCUGCUUUGCACAGAGAAAACACCUUUCUUUCUAUCCUGUUUUCAUGCCCUGAGGAUCAGAAAAAUGCUACAGAAAAGAUUUACAGUCAUUGGAAGAUUUAUGUUUUGCAAACAGUGUUAAGUGAUAUUGCUAGAUUGGUAAUAUUUUUCAGCCUAAAACUCUGUUGAAAUCUGUGAUCAAAAUGUUUUAAACUAUUCAAAAAGAAAAUUUGUAUAUUUGGGAGAAAUGAAUUUUUACAUAGCUUUUGUAUGCAGAUAUCAAAUUGUAAUUAUAAAUAUAGUGGGCGUAGAUAAACUCAUAAGCUUAAAUUCUAAAAAAGAAGAAAAAAAGAAAAAGCUUAUAAUGGA